UUCCCAUGAUGCCCCACUAGCAUGAAGCCAGGGUAUUUGAACAGCAGUGAUUGGGCAAGCAAUCUACCAAUGAGAGCUCUUGCCACCAAUCUCCCUCCAACCCAUGGCAUGCAAAUUAGCAGUGGAAGAAGGGCGAGGAUUGGUUAAGCUACCUCUGAUGUCAUAACAGCCCUGCUGAGACUGUUAUGAUGACAGUUAUUACAUGCAGCGAUUAACAACUUUGCUUAAUCACAACCGAAUUGCUUCAGAUGGCCUCUGCCAACGACACCCAGCAGGCCCAGAAAGAUGCCGCCAAAAAGAAAUUCGACUACAUGUUCAAGCUGGUGAUCAUCGGGAACAGCAGCGUGGGGAAGACGUCCUUCCUGUUCCGCUACGCCAACGACUGCGUGGGCAUUGACUUCAAGUUGAAGACGGUCUACUGGAACGAGAAGCGGGUCAAGCUGCAGAUCUGGGACACCACAGUGCGGGAGAGAUACCGGACGAUCUCAAGGGCUUAUUACCGAGGAGCCAUGGGCUUUCUGUUAAUAUACGACAUCGCCAACCAGGAUUCCUUCAAUGCCGUGCAGGACUGGGCAACCCAGAUCAAGACCUACUCGUGGGAUAACGCCCAGGUGAUCCUGGUGGGGAACAAAUGUGACCUGGAGAACGACCGAGUGGUGGCCACGGAGGAUGGCAAGCGGCUGGCAGAUGAGCUAGGGUUUGAAUUCUUCGAAGCCAGCGCCAAGGACAACAUAAACAUCAAGCAGGUCUUUGAGCGCCUGGUGGACAAUAUCUGCAAGAAGGUGAAUGAGAGCCUGGCCACCAACUCCAUCCUCAUCGGCAACAGCAAGAGACUCCGCCCCCGCAGUCCAGCCGCUGCUCCUCCUAGAUAAGACUCCACCCACCUCCGCUCCUCUCUUUCUGCCCCUCUCCCCCCCCGCCCCAGCGAUCACAUUGUUGUCAUAAAUAAAUAGGAUGGAACGUUAUGAGGAGAGGCA